GCGCCCUGCGGUUGCGGUCCGAACCCCGAAUACGUCGCCUCCCCCGGAAGGAAACCUAAAACCCCUCCUCCCUCGCUGUUCGUCAAACCUAAAGCCUCGGACGCCCUCCUCUUGCAUUCUUCGUCCUUAAUCGAACAACUGGAGAGAGAAUCGAAGCGAUUCCACCCUCUUCUCCCUCUCGUUGCCUCUUUCUCCAUCUCUCUUUCGGUUUUGAACGCCAUUCGAAUCGCCCUGGAGCUUAUGAUCCCCAUCCAGCCCUGAUGCCAGCCGCCGUGAGAGGAGUUCCCCGAAGGGAUGUCCCACCCCACCAAAUUUUCCACUCUAGACUUAUACAGUGUUUGCAGAGUGAAACAAAAACAUUUAUUGGGACAUAUAGUGCAUUUCUCAAGUCAAAUGUCAAAGGGCGAUGGAAAUCAUUUGCUGCUUCAGUUCCCUCUGGUUCAUAUAAACCACAAAAAGGCCAGAAAAAAUCAAAGGAAGAAAGACGUGCUAUGGUAGAGGCCUUUGUUGACAAGUACAAAUCCUCAAAUGCAGGAAAGUUCCCCACUGCUUCUCAUAUCCGCCAAGAGAUUGGUGGGUCAUAUUAUGUUGUAAGAGAGAUCAUUCAGGAAUUGAGAUACAACCAUAAAAUGUCCCUUUCAAACAAGAUUGAGGAAGUUCAAUUGGGAAAAGCAGAAAAGGUCAUUGACCCAAGUUCUGUUGCAAAGGGACGGUUCUUGUCCAAUGAAGAAAAAAUCUCAACCUCUAGUACACCACCAAAGGUAAAAUCCAGUAUGAAAAGCAUUGACCAAAUUGCGGUAGAUGAAUGCCCACUCCUGAAAAAUGAUGAAGCAAACAUGCAUUUGGAAGCAAGUAUAGAUAAAGCCAUUGAGAAGCCUUCCGUUGAAGAACCUGUAAGCCCUGUAGUGAUGGUAGUUGAUCCUUCCAAUGAGAAGGUUAUUGAUGUUUCUAGACUUCCUAGAGUCAGCAGUGCUUGGAUAGAUAAAGAAGUACGGAGGAAAGAUAUCCCUUUCAGAGUUUCUAAGGAGAGAUUGCAAGAUAGUGCUCAGGUUUCCAACAGGGAUCAAAAGUCCAAUGCUUCCACUAGCAGCAUUGCUAGUGAACAACAAGUUGUCAGAUCUUCAAGACCCUCUGACAAAAAAGUUCAUUCUCAUAAAUCUUCAGUGUCUUUAAAGUUGGAAACUGAAAUAGACGUCUCACGGUCUGCUUCAGGACAAAUAGAAGGCAGUAGUACAGAUAUAAGCACUACUAAAUUUUCUCAGGACAUGGACAGCUUAAAGGGAGUUGAGCAGAUGGGAAAUCAUGAAGCUCCUAAAACAGAGGAACGGCAUCGUGAACAGCCAAGAAGUUCAGCACAUGGAGAAACAUCUCCAAAGACAGCAAACUUUUGGGAGAAUCUGAAAUCUUUAACAGAAGGGUUUAUUAACUUUUGGAAGAAAAUGUAAAUCUCAUCCAUGGUACCCUUGAUGAAUGGUCUAUUAGGGUUUCCAUGAGAUGAAAUGUGCCUUUCUCACUGCUAAAUGCUUUUCUUGCUUAAUAGCAUGGUGCUGUUGUGAAGGGUAUGUGCCAUUUCUUUUCUGAAUGUUUUACUAUGAAAAUGAAGUGCCACCAAUUGCUGUCUUGUUGUUACUGAAUCAUGAAUUAAUUGUACUUCUUUCUUUAAGAUCUUUCAUUGACUCGUUUUUCCA